UUUAAAUGCUAGUGAAAAAUUAUUAUAUUUCACCUAACCUGAAAGUUUUAUAAAACACUAGCAUAUAUUUCCUAGGGAAUAAUUCAUCUACAGUAUUGUUCCUAUGACUUUUAAACUUGAUCCUAUAACCUUAAAAUAUUUCUACUAACAUUUAUUAAUUAUAAUAGAGCAGUCAAUUUAUUUUCAUAUUUAUCCCUUUCAAAUAUUUAUAAACAAUGACAACCUGUUAUAUAUCUUGCGCUUGUAAUCGUGUUCCACAUUCAGUUGAUUGGGGAAGAAAUCAAUUAAUUUGUUAUGCAGCAUGCAACGCAGUGGCAAUAUAUAAUCCAGGAAUAUUCAAGAUUGGUGUAGUUUUGCAAACACUUUGUGGUCACAAAAAUCGAGUUAAUACAGUGAGAUGGAUUAAAUUUAGAAAUGGAGAUCCAGAAACAGAAAUUUUAUCAUGUUCUUCUGAUGGUACAGCAAUUAUUUGGAGUAAAAUAGAACGUUCUUUUAUGUCUACUUCUAUUUUAAAUGUGGGUGAAAUUGUUACUUUUAGUAAUUAUUUAUAUCUUGAUGAUGCAUCCAGUGAUAUAAAUUACAAUAAAUUAUUGAUUUGUACCGGUUCAAGUACGGGAGACUUGAAAUUAUGGUUAAGGGAUGGUGACAACAAUACCACAUGUUUUCAAACAUUAACGUUUGGAAGAAAAUUACCUAUAGAAUGUUCCAUGUCAUUUUUACCAUAUAAUAAUUAUCCUCUAAUGACGGUAGCUUUAGAAGAUUUUUCAAUUCAAUUAUUUACUUCAAAUUUAAAAACAACAGAAAAUUUAAAUUUUGAAAAGGCUCAAAUUUUACUCGGACACGAAGAUUGGAUUAGAUGCAUUGAUAUCACGAAUGACGUAGAAGGAAAUCUUCUAAUAGCAACUGGUUCACAAGAUGCCACAAUACGUUUAUGGAAAAUCUCUGUAGACAAGGAAGAAAAAUCAAACAAAAAUAUACUUGAGCAAAAAAAACAAUUAUUUGAAGUUAAUGGAAUGAAAUACAAUAUUACUUUGGAAUCUGUUCUUAGUGGUCAUGAGGGUUGGAUAUAUGGUGUACAUUGGUAUCCGUUGAUAAAGAAAGAUGACAUCAAUCAUAAUUCAGCUAAAUUAUUAUCAUGUUCUUUGGACAAAUCAAUGAUUAUAUGGGAACCAGAUCCUACUACUGGAAUAUGGUGUGAAACUGUAAGAGUUGGUGAAGUCGGUGGAAAUUCUUUGGGUUUUUAUACGUGCAAGUUUAGCCCAGAUGGAUUAAAUAUAUUGGCACAUAGUUUUCAUGGAUCCUUUCAUAUAUGGCAAUACUCUGACUCGGAAAAUAAUUGGAUUCCAAGAUAUGCACCUAAUGGACAUUUUGGAGAAGUAGUAGACCUUUCUUGGGACCCAAAAGGAAGGUUUCUCAUCAGUACUAGUACAGAUCAAACAACGCGAAUCCAUGCACCGUAUAAAGAUGGUUCAACAGAACUGUGGCAUGAAAUUGGUCGCCCACAAGUGCAUGGAUAUAAUAUGGCAUGUUUAGCAAUAUUAAAACCUUAUACAUUUGCUUCCGGUGCAGAAGAAAAAGUGGUACGCAUUUUUAUGGCACCGUCAAAUUUCAAAAAAUGUUUGGCACAGAUUGCAGAUACAAAUGAUUUUCAAAAUAUAGUAGCCGAAGGUGCUAAUGUACCAGCACUUGGAUUAACAAAUAAAGCAAUAUUUGAUACAGAAGUUAAAAUAAAUGAAGACUGUUUGAAGAAGAAAGAUUACAAUCCAUCAACAGAGGAAGAAUUAAUGCAAGAAACACUUUGGCCAGAAUUACAGAAAUUAUAUGGACAUGGAUAUGAAAUAUUUGCCAUGGCUGCUAGAUACGAUGGAUUAUUGUUAGCUACAGCAUGUAGAUCAACUUCAUUCGAACAUUCCAGUAUAAUAUUAUGGGAUACAAAAGAGUGGUCGCAAAUUCAAAAACUAUCAGCUCAUCAAUUGACCGUUACGCAACUUUCGUUUUCACCAAAUGGUAAAUAUUUGUUAUCUGUAUCCCGAGAUAGAAGAUGGUCGUUAUUUGAAUGCAAUGACAAUUUAUAUAAUUUAGUUGCGUGUAGUUCAAAACAAGAUAAUCUUCAUUCUCGUAUUAUUUGGUGUUGCGCGUGGUCACACGAUUCUUUAUAUUUUUCAACUGGAUCACGAGAUGGUAAGAUUGGUAUAUGGGACGAAACCGUAAAAGAAAAUAAACCUAUUGUACCAUUGAGUUCUGUUAUACUCAAUCAAUCGAUUACAGCGCUUUCUUUUGCUCCAUCAAAAAUAGGAGAAUAUUACAUCCUAGCUGUUGGCUACGAAGCAGGUCACAUUGACAUCUAUAAGUUUAUAUUAAAUGCAGAGCAUGGUUUGUAUGAAAAAUGUAUGACGUACAAUUCUGCGCAAGCUCAUCAUUUAACCGUGAGAAAACUUGCAUUUAGGCCUCCUCAAGAUAAUACACAGAAUAAUAAAUUACAACUGGCAAGUUGUGGAUCUGAUAAUACCAUUAAGAUUUACAAUAUUGAUAUUUUACAAAAUAAAGAUUUACAAUUCUAUUAGAAAUAUAAUUCUUU